AUGCAGAGCUAUUCUCUGUCAUCCGCGCCUCCUUCGGGCCCCAAGAACUACGUCUUUGUCGAUGAGCAUAACCGACAUAAGCGGCUCAAGGUGAUGCGAGCCUGUGAAGGAUGUCGUCGGCGGAAAAUCAAAUGUGACUCCGCCACAACCAACACUUGGCCUUGCGCCGCCUGUGUUCGGCUGAAACUCCAGUGUAUCCCUCCCGCAGGAGGACUCGAAGGCGAUUCAGGAGAUAUCGCGCCCGGAAGUGCUGGCGAAGAGACGAGCGGACCGCCAUCAUACUCGGCCGCAUCAGCCGCACCUGGCCAACAACAAGCCCAGAGUUAUGCGCCCACAGCGCCAGCCUUCCAACUCAACCAAGGGAACCCAUACUCUUACGAUGCGUACGUUACCAAUUACCAGAAGCCAUCGUUUCAAGUCGCCGAAAAGCCUUACGACAGCUUCUAUUCGGAUUCCCAUCAAUUUGAUGAGACUUUGCACGACCCCUAUCAGGAUGCUCCGCAAACCUAUGCGCAGACCCAAUAUGACGAGAAGCCUUUCAGACAAGAGCGGGCUGGGUCCUCCCCAGUCGAGGUCACGGCCGAAGACCUUAUGGAGCACCUUGGUCAGUUGAAGAUUGGUGAGAGCGGAGUUGCACCCUAUAUUCGAUCGGAGAAAAGCAGCAAAGAACUAGACCCCCCGAUUCAGGAACCUGACCCGGAGCCAAAGAUUGCUGCUGCGUUCAGCACCGAUGCAGGCUCUCAGAUCAGGAUUCCUCCGGCUCUGAUGCCGUCGCACGACGAGGCGAUGCAGACCUUUGAGCUGUACUUCAAUAAUGUCCAUCCAUAUGUUCCAGUGUUGAACAGGCGCCAAUUCUACAACCAGUGGCAUCGUGAUCAAGCGUCCAUCUCUCCUCUUAUCCUCGAAGCAAUUUUCGCCAAUGCCGGUCGACUAUCGGAUGAUCCAGCCCAGGGCGCACAAUGGCUCGCUCUGGCCAAUAAACAUGAACCGUUCUUUUUGGACAGUCCAAGCCUGAGCAAUCUCCAAGCCUUGUUGCUCCUGCUAAAAGCCCGAGAGAGUGCGCCCAAAAGAGGAUACUACUAUCGUUCGUGGAUGACUUGUAAGACGGCCAUCACCAUGGCGAAAGAUCUCGAACUACAUCAACACCAUGAGAUCCACACUCUGGGGGAGCCAUGUGGUUCCGACCCCAUCGAGUGCUUAACAAAGACUCGAAUUUGGCAGACACUUCUGGUUUGUGAGACCAUGGUAGGAGGCCCGCAAGGGCGCACCGAUUUCGGGGUCGAUCCGAAUUCCGUUGAUAUUAGUGAGAGCCCGCCCGGUUCUGAGGUAGACGACUACGAAAGGUCAAUCUCCAGACAAUUCGCAUACUUCGUCCGCAAUGUCCGGAACAUUCGUCUCAUCACAGAUGUCCACCGCAAGCUGCAGAGGAAGAAGGACUGGGCCCUGGAUAAAGAGUUCGUGGCAUAUAACGCCUCGUUCCAGAAAUGGCCUGACGAGCUCCCACCUGACUUGCAGCUCCCGCUGCCGCCGACGGGUGCGACGCCCAAUGUGACUUCACAUUUUCUGGGCAACAUGCAUUCUCACUAUCACUUGGCAAUCGUGAUGUUCCAUCGACCACAGCUUUCAGCCUCUCAAUCUUUUCCUCCUGAUAGUCAGUGGAGACAUCAUCUGAGUGUAUGUUACAACUCGGCCAAGAUCCUUUGUCGACUACAAGAAGGAAUCCUGGCCAACUUCGAUCUGACGGGUCUUCUGGUCAUGCAGAGAGGGAUCAAUUUCACCAUCUACGCCAUCUUGACCUGCAUCAUGAUUCAUCUGGUUGCGUUUUCUUCGCCGGAUCCUGAGUUCAAUUUCGAAGCCAAAGACUACUUUGUCCGACAAAUGAGGAUUCUCGAGCGAUGUGUCUCGGCUUGGCCAAUGCCAGAAACAGAGGCUCAAAUCAAUGCUCUUCGAGCGGCAUUUUCAGCCGACGUCAACAAGCCCUUUGAACUGAAAGAGUCAUUCCCCCACGGGACGCCUUCUGACAAUUCGCGACCAUCUCCCGUAUCUCCACCGUCCUACGAGAGACAGCAGCCGCCGAUGCCGUCACAGGGCCAGAAGCUCGUCGAUCUUCAGCAAUCUCAGCAGCAACAGCAGCAGCAGCAGCAGCAAGCCCAGGCUGGUCCCUAUGCGGCACAGCACCUGAGCCAGAUGACGCGCCAGAGUCCAUACCUGGCCACCCCGCCUGUUUCGGUCUAUACAGCCGAUUCCAAACCUCCGACUCCCUUGUAUGCUCAGAACUACGAGCUGGAACAGACGCCCUACUCAAGCAUUCCGAGCUCCGCGGGUGGAUACUACCAGCAGCCGACGUCGGCGACCGAAAUCCAGUGGAACCCGACUCCGAUCAUGGACCAGUUCGACACGGCGUUCGCCAUUCCUCAAUCCGCGCUGGCUCCCCCUCCAUCCCUGUACGGGGGCAGCGGUGCGUCGCCUCCUGGGAAUAUGCAUUCCAUGCAACAAGCGAGCUUUACCUCGACCAACUCCCCCACCUACGGGACAACUUCGCUGCCGGGGGGCUACACAGCGCAACAACAGCAGCAGCAGCAGCCGCAACAACAACAGCAACAGCAACAACACUACUACUCGGCACAACAGGCGCAGUCGUAUCAGGAUUCAUCGCCGCAAAUGGCGUCGAACUCGCAGCUGCCUAUGUCCGCCGCGACCUCGUAUGCCACAGUGGGCGUGGGAGGGGCGGCUAUGCUCGUGACGCCUCAACAGUGGCAGCAGAGCGUGGCCAAUGUGAUUGAUGCAAGCAGAUUAAAGAGGAGGUGGGAUUACACCCAACACUAA